GUAUCUGACAUGCCUCGGUCGCUCUCCGCACGCCUCCUGCUUCCAGCGGUGGCCUUCCUCCACCCGCAGGGGGUCGGCGGUUCCAGGUUCAACGCAGCAGCUCCCAGGAGCUCCCCGACGCCGUCGGUGCCGCGGUCUCUAGCGGCGGCGUCCGCCUCGUCGUCGAGGAGAGGCACGGCCUCAGCCGCCUCUUCCCUGGAGGCCCUCGCCAGCGCCGUCGACGCCAGCUCCUUGGAGGGCUCGGUCUCCUCGCUCAUGCGCGACGUGCGGGGCGUGAUGGCCGGGGGGCCGAGGUGGAUCGCAAGCUGGGCCAAGCCCAUGCCCAAGUGCGUGAGCUCCGUGAGCGCCACGGUGCACCGGCUGGAGCGUAGCUACGGGCGGCCGCAGGUCCCCAGCCUCCUGGUGCACUCCUGCGACAGCCCCGAGGUGUACAGGGACGUCGGAGGUACGCAGCCAGGUUGCGUCACGCUCAUGCGAGACCUCGGGAAGGUGUACGGCGAGUGUGGUGAUCAAAACUACUACACGUGGUGCCGCAACCUGUACCUCAAUUCCAGCACCACCGUGAAGAACAAGAUGAAGGAAUUUAAGUGGAUUACGCCAGACAACAAGCCGAACGGCUCGGCGAACAAGACCUGGUGCGAGAGGGAUUGCCCAGAGAUCGCGAGCGUUAUCACGGACCUGGCCGUCUUCUCGCGGGUGCUUGAGGAGCUGCUGGGCGAGAUGGUGCAGCUGUUCAUGGGAGGACCGGAGGCCAGGGACCAGCUGGACUUGGUGUCCAUGCACGAGAGGUUGGAGCUGCUCCUGCGCCUGGACAAUCGAAUGUGCGACAACGUGCAUUUCGCGAAGCCGACUUGUGCAAGGCCGACGUUGAUGACCGAGUCUUGCAGAAGUUUUGAAGACGAAGCCGUUCAAGCGUCCAUGUGGUUCUCAAAGUACAUGGUGGAGGGCAAGUUCAUGGAGUGCGACCAGAGGCAGCCCUGCAGGAACGUGUGCGAGGGCGUUGACGCGAAGCGCGUUGACUACUUUGCGGCAGGGUUGUGGGCUGCGUCGGCAAAGGCCGUACCCUCUUAUGCUGAAGGUAAGGCCUUCUGCGACUCCAUCCCGCACCUUGCGGAGUGUGCAGCACAGCCGAGUUGCGAAGAGUACUUGGCGUUUCAGGCGCAGGAUGCUAUCACGGCGCAGACUCUGAAGGAGCAGCAGCAGCUCGUCUGCAACGACGUGUUCCUGGACGGCUGCUACCAGGUGCAGGAGAAGAAGUGCUGGCGCGAGAUCCAGGUCAUGAACAAGCCGUUCAAGGAUCAUCAGUACCAUUGCCGUGAGGUUCUUGAGCACGCUCACAGGUACACCGACAAGGAGGUCGAGGCUUGUUGCCAGGCGUCCCUGGACCUCGCGCACUGUAACGGAAAGAACUGGUGCCACGGGUUCAUGGAGAAGGAGAUCAAUGCCUCCGGGCUCGUCGGGCAGUUCGAGUCGCUCUGCCCGCAGGCGCCCAGCAUGCCAUCCAGCGGGCUGGCUGGCGCUCGCGGCGACUGCGCGAGCACGUCGCUGCCCGGGGAGCCCCUGGCGCGCUGGGAGUGCCCCGAGAUCCCGCGCGGACAGUCGCAGGCGGCAGGGUUCAACCUCGCCUCUCCGCCCGACGCCUGGCUCGAGCUCGAUGCGCCUGGCGGUGGGGCGCACAAGGCUCGAGCGAGGGCCAUGGCUUUCGAGCCGCUGCCCUCCAUCGGGCGCCCAGACCCACCGCCGUGGAGCCCCGUGGUGCGCAGGGGCCUCUCGCGCAGCCAGCACGGCUGCGGACCCCAGGCCCCGCCCAAGGCGAAGCAGCUGGAGUCCGUCUACUCGAUGCCGGAGCUCUCCGAGCGCGAGGCCCUGAAGAUGAAGAUCCUCGACCCCUCGGCGCUGGCGCAGCCGCGGCGGCGGCGGCCAAACGACCCCGACGACGGCGUGGCCGAGUUCAUGCGGCGGGAGCGGUUGCGGGCCGAGGAGCGCGCCGAGCAGAAGUGGCGCAGGAAGUUCCAGGAGUGGCAGCGCGCGGCCGGGGCGCCCGGGCUGGCCGCCGCAACGCGGGGCGGCCGCGGCGGCUACCCCGGGGGCGGCCAGCAGCAGCCCACGCAGGAGGUGCCUUCUGCGCAGCAGCACGCCGUGGACACCAACGACCGCGGUGCGCCCGUGGCCGUCGGCGCAGACGGCUCGGGCCGCUUCUACUGCGGCAGGGUGCUGGGGAAGGAGGCCAUCCCCGGGAGCGACGGCUCGUGCGGGCCGAACGACGGGCCGCAGUGCGCGUCGUGCAGGCGGUUCCAGAAGGCCCGGGACGCCCAGGAGCCGCUGCCACCCGCGGGCGGCGACCGCAGGGGUAGCGGCCGGCAGGCCGCUCCCGCCGGCGGCGAGGCCGCGGCUCCGCCGGGGCAGGAUCCGUCGGAGCUGCUGGACGGGGUGCGGGCGGAGUGCGAGGCGCUGCGGGCGGAGUGCAGCGCGGCCGCGGCGGAGCUGGCGGCGGCGCGGGAGGACGUGGCCCGGCUGCAGCAGGCGCUGCGCCAGGAGCGCGGCCAGGCGGCGGGCGUCGAGAGGCAGUUGGCCGAGGUGAGCAGCGAGAGCCACGCCUGGCAGAACCGCGCAGAGCAGCGCGCGGAGCACCUGCUGCGGGCGGUGCAGGA